CUUUCCCCCCUCCAUCCCCCUUCGCGUUCCUCCGGACCGCUACCAAAGUGUCUUCGGGUGUCCUCCCUGCCAGCCCUCUUCCCGCCCGCCCUCUCUGCCGCGGCCCCUGACAUCUCGGCCUCCCAGACAGCCAUGCACAGCCGAUCCGAUCGAGAGGCUAGCACCGAGGAGGACAGCCACUCCCCUACCGAUGCCUGGAGCGAUGCGCUCGCACAUUCGGACCAGCCGGUGUCGCGAGGGGCCGGCAGCCAGGCGGCCGGUCGUCCGAGUGCGGUGACCGGCGUGCCUGGCGACCUGGAUCCCCGCACAGUGUUCCUGGCUCGGUCCACCAAUGGUGUGGACUUCUUUCCGACGGUGUCUGCCAGGACCAACCCGGCCGGAGUCCUCGAACAGCUCCAAGACUUCAUCACCAACAUCGGCAAACUUCCAUGGUUUAGCCCCGGCGCCCUGGCCAAGUUCCACCUCUUCGAGGAGUGCAUCUCCUGUGUCCACUGGAACAACGACCGGCUCAUUACCGGCACCGACAUCGUCAAGGUCAUAACCUGGCGAUUCCGCCUCGAGAGACAGCCGAUCCGCGACCGGAAGAAGUUUGAAGAGGGCGUCUUCAGUGACCUGCGCUCGCUCAAGCCCGGUCAAGAUGCCCUGCUGGAGGCCCCGCGGUCCAUGCUUCUCGACUUCCUCCAUCGGAGCCGGUGCAUUCGUACGCACAAAAAGCAAAAAGUCUUCUUCUGGAACUCGGUCCAGCCCACCUGUGGGAAAAAAGGCAGCUCGCCCUGGUGGUGGCGGUGGUGGCGGUGA